GUUUUGGUUUGUUUCCAGUUUCAAACACAGAUCAUGUUGAAGUUCAUAGACAUCCAGAAAAAAACCAAGCAGCUCAUAGUGGCACAUUAAAGACAAGACAAAAACAUGUGACAAGAAAAUAUAGUGAUAAUACUGAGCUAGCAGAACUAUUAGCUGAACACCAAGAGAGGCAGUUAAGGAGCAUGCAGGGUCUAAACACUGGGAUACAACAGCCUUGGGGAUCAAGCUUGAGACUUAAUGAACUUCACAUGCAAACAAAUGCAAGUGACAAUGGACUUACUGGCUUCACAGGACAAAUGCCUUUAAAUAAUGGAACAGGGAUACAAGCUAGUCAGACUAUGCCCACAGGGACGUCAGCUCCAUCAAUGAGGUCUACAAUUUCAACUGGAUACCCUGCACCCCUUAGUCAUAUCACAAAUUCUUCAACCUCACACCGAAAUAGCCCCCUUAAUCUGAUUGGAGAGGGUUACAUAAGCUCAUCUAACUCAACUUCAAGAUCCAUAAGCCCAUCUAGUGAUGACAGUGACAAGUGGAGCUCGUACCUAAGAGCAAAAGAUGAGCUUAUUGGUCAAAAAGAUGAGAUAAUAGAUAGACAGAAGCAGAGUAUAUUUCAACUUCAACAGCAGCUAAUGCUUCAAACAAAUUCAGUCAUUCAUCGAGCUGUUCCAACUCAUUACCACCUCAGCCGAACUCAGAGCACAGGAGAUAGUAGUUCACUGUCUUUAAAGCUACAAGAAAGUCAGUAUGAGAAUGCUCAACUUAGAGCACUUUUGGCAGAGAGGGAAUCAUCUCUUGACAAAGCUCAGAAGAAACUUGGAGAAACAGAGUAUUUGCUGAAAAAUAUGGAGGCCAGCGUAAAGGAUUCUGCUGCUUCAAAUAGACAGGAACUCGAACAACAGAAACAAAAGGUGGUUAAACAAGAAAAAGCUCAAGCAGAGCUGUCAAGUAAACUGGAACAGCUAGAAGAGGAAAAGUUAAAGCUCAAGUAAGUUAUUUUCUUGGACGUCUUAGCAACGACUUGAGCUA